AUGGCUGCAGCAAUAGCCAGCUCCUUGAUCCGGCAGAAGCGGCAGGCGAGGGAGUCCAACAGCGACCGGGUUUCAGCCUCCAAGCGCCGCUCCAGCCCCAGCAAAGACGGACGCUCCCUGUGCGAGAGGCACGUCCUCGGGGUGUUCAGCAAAGUGCGCUUCUGCAGCGGCCGGAAGAGGCCCGUGAGGCGGAGACCAGAACCCCAGCUGAAAGGGAUUGUGACAAGGUUAUUCAGCCAGCAGGGAUAUUUCCUGCAGAUGCAUCCAGAUGGCACCAUUGAUGGAACCAAGGACGAAAACAGCGACUACACCCUCUUCAAUCUAAUUCCUGUGGGACUGCGGGUGGUGGCCAUCCAAGGUGUGAAGGCCAGUCUCUAUGUGGCCAUGAAUGGGGAAGGCUAUCUCUACAGCUCAGAUGUUUUUACCCCAGAAUGCAAAUUUAAGGAGUCUGUGUUUGAAAACUACUAUGUGAUCUAUUCUUCAACCCUGUAUCGCCAGCAGGAAUCAGGGCGUGCAUGGUUCCUAGGGCUCAAUAAAGAAGGUCAAAUCAUGAAGGGGAACAGAGUGAAGAAAACCAAGCCCUCAUCUCAUUUUGUACCAAAACCUAUUGAAGUGUGUAUGUACAGAGAACCGUCACUACAUGAAAUUGGAGAAAAGCAAGGACGUUCGAGGAAAAGUUCAGGAACACCCACGAUGAAUGGAGGCAAAGUUGUGAAUCAAGACUCUACAUAGCUGAAAACUCAUCUUAUUCUUCCCUUUCCACCCUCUCCCUUCUCUUCCCUUCCCUUUCCCCGUUUUCUCCAAUAAAUUCACCCCAACAAGGGAAAAAUAAUAAACGGCAUCACAGGACUUAGUAGCUGAGAUUCUGCACUCAAAACCUUCCUUUGUGUAGGACAAGAAAAUUGAACCAAAGCUUGCCUGUUGCAAUGUGGUAGAAAAUUCACAUGCAUAACAAUUAUCUCACAUAAAAGCAAAUAAAAAUAAAUCAGGACACCACAAACACUAAA